UGCUAACGGACCAACUCGACCGUUAGCUCGUGUAAAAUCUCGAUUUUACCAAAAACACGCAUUUAGCUUAACUAAUAGACACAAACAAGCAUCCGGGGAUAUAUCGAAUGGAGCCUGACACAGCAGACCGAGCGCCUGGCUUCUUCUAAAGGCGCAGUUCGUCUGUUUUUGUCGGCCUGGCUGGUAGCCGCGCCGCUGCUAACAAGCUAGGUUGCUAACAUCCGUUUUACGCUCGUACAGUAAAACCAGGAAGGAGGGACCAGACGAGCAGCCUGGCCUCAGAGGUUACUCCACUUCUGCAAACAUUUAUUCACAAAAAACACCCGCGUUCAGUCCGGGGGAAACGGGAGAAAGUCAAAGAAUAUUCUGUCUGGCCUAAGAGCAAAGAUGUCAAAGGCUCCGGAUUCUCCGGCUCGGUCCCGCUCCAGAUCCAGAUCCAGAUCCUACUCCAGAUCUAAAUCUAGAAGCCGCUCCCGCUCAAGAUCCAGAAAACGUCGCUAUAGUUCUAGGUCUCGUUCCCGCUCUCGCUCUCACUCUCCGUCCUACAGAAACUAUCCCACCAGGGACUAUCAGAACAACAGAGGCGGCUUCAGAGGAUAUAACCGAGGCUACCGGAGACCCUUCCACUACCGCGGCAGAAACCGAGGCUAUUAUCCACGCGGCCAUUACCAGAACAGGGGAGGAGGCGGCUAUGGCUAUAAGUCUAAUUGGCAGGGUGGUGGUGGUGGCGGCGGUGGCGGCGGUGGAGGAGGCUGGCAUGAUCGCCACCACGACCAGGACCACCACUCACACAGCCCCAGGAGGGGCCGCUCCCGCUCCCGCACACCCAAGAAGCGCUCAGGCAGCCGGAGCCGCUCCCGCUACUCUGACCGCUCAUCUUCGCGGGGAUCUCGGCGCUCCAGGCACUCCAGCUACUCGUCACGGUCCCGGUCCUCAUCACCACGCCAUCGCAGUAGUAAGGGCAAGCACGGCUCCAGGGACGCUAAGGUCAAGUUAGAAGGUAGUCAAGCAGAGAAAUCGGGACAGAUGGCGGACGGCAGCGCCAUCGAGAAGGCUUCUGGAGGUAAAUGGAUCGACUACGACACCAGCCCGAAACAGAUCAGCCCAGAGACUAAGAAAGAGGACGGUCCCUCUGGUUCUGAGGGUAAAGGGCCUGGGAGUGGCGGUCCUCUGUGGAAAACCAUCGGCACAGUGUCCCCUCCAGCUAAGAGCCCCACAAAAUCCGGACAGACGGCGUCCUUCAGCGGCUUUGGGUUCUUUUCAAAAGACGACAUCAAACCAGGAGAUAAAACUGUGAUCUCUGCUGCCUUCAAAAAGUUCUUGGCUGAGAAUAAAAGCAAAAAGCAGGCUGCUGAAAAGGAGAACGGUCGGGAUAAAGAGCAGAGCAGCGAAGACAGAGAACUUGAGAAAGGAAGCAAGUCCGGAGACCUUUUCAAUAUCUCGUCAGCUUUCAGCGAGUCCAAGGAAGACAAGACGCUGCCUUUCUUUGACGCUGGAGAAGAAGAGUUCCUAAAGUCUCACGGGCUGAAAGAGAGGGACAUUGAUGAGGAUGGGGAGGUCAAAACCACUCUCACAGCACGGGACAUUUUUGGAAAAUGGGGGGAUGAUCCAAGCUACUCAACGUCCUACCCGUCAGUCAAAGAGAAAAGCCGCAGGGAUGCUGAAGAGGCCGAGGUCGUAGACAUGGAGGAGGAGAUGUACCGAAGCCGCAAACACAGCUCCAAGAAAGAGGAGAAGUCCAAGAAGAAGGAGAAGAAAGAGAAGGAGAAGUCCAGAAGGAGUCCGUCCCCUCCCACAACUUCCAGAGAGAAGGAGCGGCCGCUGUUCCCCGGAGCUUAUCCUCCUCGUGAAGGGUCACCUGUACGACACCUGUCUGCAUCAAGGGACGACUUUGAGCUCAAAAUCAGCUCUUUAGAUGAAAUGCCCAGCUCCUCCCUCUCUAAAGAGCGCCUCAUGCCUCGAGAUUUGCGGAACCCAACUAAGAGAGAUCAAGAGUUUCGCUCCAUUUUCCAGCAUAUUCAGUCAGCGCAGCUCCGUCGCAGCCCCUCUGAGCUGUUCGCUCAGCACAUAGUGUCUAUCGUGCACUACAUCAAAGCUCAACACUUCCAAUCCUCAGACAUGACUUUAAGUGAGCGGUUUGCCAUGUACCAAAGAAAAGCUGCAGAGGUAGAAAUGAUGAAGCCAAGGAAGAGCCCAGAAAUCCACAGGAGAAUCGAUGUUUCCCCCAGUGCCUUUAAGAGGCAGUCUCACCUGUUUGAGGAUAUGGAGGAGACGAGCUACAAGGAUCCAAGUAAAAAGUUCAAAGGCGACGUGAUGGACCUUCGCCUGGAUAUUGAAAGACGUAAGAGGUUUGCUGGGAAGGAGUACAAGCGUGAAGGAGGCAGGAGCCCUGGAGGCUCCCGAGGACCGAGCAGAGAGAGGUCCUCUGAGAAAUCUGGGAAACACCACAAGAAAUCCAAGAAGGGUAAGAAGAAGCGGGAUCGCUCUCCGUCCUCCUCUUCCUCCUCUUCCUCUCCGUCCCCUUAUCCUCCGCCUUACAGAGGCAAAGAGUACAUGGGAGGAGAGGGGAUGGAGCACCACUCGGAGGAGGGCUACGGUCACCCACGUUACCCUCCACGGGACUACAGUGGGCCCGGAGACAGAGGCCCUCGAGAUUAUGAGGGCCACAACCCGGAGAGGGGCCGCGGCCGUGGAUUUUUCCCCAGAGUCAGAGGCAGAGGGUGGAACAGGGGAAAUUAUCCAGGCAACAACAGCAAUGGAAACCCUGCCAAUAUGAAUCCUGCCGUGCGCCCUCCAGAGGAGGAGUGGGACCCUGAAUACACUCCCAAGAGCAGGAAGUAUUACCAGCAUGAUGAUCGAGAUGGAGAGAAAACCUGGGUAGACAACCGUGGAAGAGGCCGCGGCUCCUUCCCGCCUCGCCGUGGACGCUUCGUCUACCGUAAAGGUGGCAGCAGCCCAAAGUGGACCCACGACAUGUACCAGGGCGUAGCGGAGGGCGAGCUGGGAGACGACAACAUGGAAAUAGAGCGCAAAGAAACCAAGAACAUUGGAGACUCCUCCGCCCAGAAGCAGUAGACUCCAUCAUCAACAUGUACGUGUUUGUGAGCGUCUCCGUGUCAGAGCGGUUACUGCGGUGAUGACGGUGUUCUUUAUUCUCCCCUCCACGUCAUUUCAUUUAACGGUUAAUGUUCAGUGAGUUAAAGUGAAGAAAGACUUGAAGAGCAGCACUCUGCUUCUUUUUGUACGUGAGGUUAGCUUCUUUUCAGAGUGUUUUUUAUGUAACGGUGAGUUUUUGUUUUGCAGCUGGUUGUUGUAUCUUUUUAAGGGAGAAAAAACUGAGGCAACAAUGGUGAAUAUUUUCUGACAAAAAAAAAGACAAAAUAAGAAUUUGUGCCUUAGAAAAUAAAUAUAAAUAAUAAUACAUGUGUAAUCUGUUUGAAGGUACUGCCCCGACUUUGAGAGGUGCAGCUGUGUCAGUGUAGGACGGCAUUAGAUGACAUCAUCUUAUUGUUUUUUUUCGUUUGUUUUGGGGCUGUGAUAAAUCUGUGAUGUUACUGCAUGAAACGUUUGAUUCAUACCUCGCUCCUCGGGACCAAUCAGUGGCGGCUCACCAUCGUCAAAUUAUUAGACACAGAAAAAAAAUCCUUUGAUGAACCCCUGAACGAUAGUCGCUUACAUUAUCCGAGCUUUUAUAUAGUGCCACUUCACCUGUAAUUCUCACUGUGAAGUGAGGACAUUUUUAUGCGUGAGUGCUGCAGUAUAUUCUCAUUGAUUUUGGGCGUUUUCAUUUAAAAAAAAAAAAAAGUAAAUUGUAAAGAAUUUGGCAACAAAAGAUUUUGCGUUAGAUAAACAUGUAGGUUUUCUGCCUCUGGCAUAUCAGAUAGGUAAGUGACUACCUUUUAUUUAGAUUUUUUAAUAAAAAGAAGAAUAGUUAUUACAAAAGGCUAAUACAUGUAUAGAAUUAUAAGAUCUAAAUUAUUGUAAUCUUAACAUCUGAGGGAAGGGAAAUUAUAAAACCUGAUAAUGGUUCUUUUUUUUGUUUUAAUACAACGGUUGCAGUAAACCCUCUUGCAAAAAAAUACCAGAGAACCUAAACAUGAAAAAGCGAAGAGAAAAAAAAUUGACAAAACAUUUUGUCAACGAUGAACGUGUAUAUUUUUAAGAGGAGUCGAUGCGAACUAGCGGAACUAGUUUUGUGAAUCUCACUGUGCUGCUUCGUCCCACUUUUGACUGUACAUACUGCAUGUACUAAACCGAGCUGUAGGACUUUUGUUUUUGUUUCAAUCUGAAGCUGAAAACUUUUGUACUAUUCUCAAGAGCUUUGGAGUACUUUGUCUUUUAAUUUUCAAUAAAUCUUUUCUUUGAUUCAGGGAAAA